AUGUUUUCUUCGGAUACAAGAACGUCGAACGGGGAACCCGUGAGCAUUUCCGUUAAAACUGAAAGUGCAUGGGUGCCGUCUAUGAUGCAAACCGGAGAACCACAAUCUGACCAACUAAGCUUUGCCAUGAACAUAAUUGACCAAACACAGCCUGAACUAAGUGUAUCCACAACUACAGAGAUCACAGACAGCACGUCGCAAGACAGCGGAAUACCCAGUACCUCCACCACUACCACCGCCACAUCGGAAGACUCCUCUUACCAAACUGCAGCUCCUUUACUCAACUCAAACGUCAAGUCCGAGAAAGUCAGUCGAAGAAGCUUUGAGAACUUCCACUUGGAUCCUAAUGAUUUUCAAAACCUACUCAUGACCAACCCUCCCAUCUUGGAAUACCCAUAUCCAUACCCUCCGAAUCAACAAGCUCCUCCAGAAAAUUGGUCGCCCUCUCUUUCUUUACCGCAGGCCGGUGUUUUACCCCACGAAGUGGCUCCACCAUACGCUUCCAACUAUAUCCCUGCUAAUGUGAUGACUGACCCAGAAUCACAGACCGCCACGCCUGUAUCCGCUUCCCAUCAUGUUCCGCUUCGUAGAAGAGUCUCUAUUUCUAAUGGUCAAAUAGGCCAAAUCAGUAUGAUGUGCCACAGGAAUGAAGACAGAAAAGUUAAAACCGAGGAAGAGAACGACCUGCAUGUCAAUGAACAAGGAGUGCCGCAGCAGCAGCUGUUUUAUAAUAAUGAGGUUAUUUUCAAUCCAAAUGCAGGGCCAAUACACGGGACGUCAGCAUGGAAGAAACAACGGAUAUUGGAAAGAAACAGGAUCGCUGCUUUCAAGUGUCGGCAGAAGAAGAAAGUUCAACAAGAGAAGCUGCAACAGGACAAUGACAUAUUAGCUCAGAAAAACGCUGCACUUCUUGAGAAAAAUAGACAACUGGAGAAUUUGCUGCUGAGACUCAAAGAGGAGUUGAGUAAGUGUUCGGUCACAGACACAGUCACCGACCUUCUAGCGCAGAUCAGUCUCCAGGAAUCCCAACCUUAA